AUGGCCUGCAGAAGGGGGGUCUUGGAGAGGUCCUUCUCGGUGACAAGCCUGCCGGUUCCCGCCGCCGCGUCGAGCUCCCGCUGCGUCGCCGCGAGGAUGUCCGGGUGGCGGACGAGCUCGGCCAGCAUCCACUCCAGCGUGCUGGAGGAGGUGUCGGUGCCGGCGUUGAACAAGUCCUGCGAGAUGGAUGUUAGGUUAGGGGGCGGAUCACAGCGAAAAAGAUGAUCAAUUGAUGAUUAAGUACUCUGUGGGGUGUUUUUACCAGGAGGAGAGCCUUGAUGUUGAUGUCGGUGAGCUGCACUCCCUCUCCGGCGCCGGCGCGGUCCUUGAGCCCCAUCAGCAACCGGAGCAUGUCCUGUUCGGCCUCCUUGUCCGACGACAGGUGAUCGGCGAUGAUUUUGUCCAAGAACACAUCGUACCUAUCGCCCAGGCGCUUCAUCCUCCGCACGACUUCCUUCGAGUCCAUCCACCGCAGGGCAGGGACGAAGUCCCCCACCAUGAACACCCCCGCUAGAUGGCUCAGCUCCACCGUCAUCUCCCUGAACUGCACCGCCUCCUCCUGCACACUGUCCCCGCCCUCGAGGGCGAAGAGCCGCCGCCCCAGCAUGGCCCGCGUCAGGAUGUUGGCUGUGCAGACGGUCAGGUGGUCGUCCAGCCGCACGCCGUCCUCCUCGCCGCCACGCGCCGCCGCCGCCACCAGCGACCUCGCCAGCUGUGCCACCUCCUCGUGCCGCAGCAGCGCGGAAUCGUCGAGGGCCUUGGGGGAGAAUAGAUGGUUGGAGCAUAUCCUCCUCAGCAUCCGCCACAGCGGGCCGUAGGGCGCCCACACGAGGUCCUGCCGGUCGUAGGCCAUGUAAUUCGAUCCCGUGUUGGGGGGCCGGUUGGAGAAGUUGGCGUCGUGGGUCUUCAAGAACAGCGACGCGGCGGCCGGCGAGGCGGCGACGACCACCGGCACGGAUCCCAGCCGGAGGUGGAAGAUGGGGCCGUAGACCUUCGCCAUGCCGGCGAGGGUCUGGUGGGGCUUCGCCCCGAGCUGGGGGAGGUUCCCCACCACCGGCCAUCCCCGCGGGCCAGGAGGCAAAGGGAGAGAGGAAGAGGAAGAGCGAGAGAAGAUCCUGGGAAGGAGGAGGAUGAGGGAGGCUGCCGCCACCGUCAACGCGAGGAGGAGGAGGAGAUCCAUGGCUAUGGCCGAUCUUCUCUCUGCCGGCGGUUCUUGGGGGAUGAAUGAACGUGAGGUAUAUCCUACUUGUAGAUACUCCGAGUUCACCGGUAGGCAGAUGGUCACGUUGAGAACGGGCUCCAGGGCGUUAGCUGUACCUGAAAGUCUCACCGAGACCGUCCACCUGGGCCUGUUCCAUUUGCUCCCAAAGACCCUGCCCGGGCCCCGAAGCAUGGACAGCUACAUGCUGGGCAUUGACGUCUCGCUGGAGGUCAUAGCAUACUAUUCAUUUUGAGUAGAUAAUAAUAAUUAUUUUUUAAAAAAUAAAAAAUAAAAAAUACCCCUUUCGGCUACGGAGGGGAAUUUUUUUUUAUAAAGAUCCACAUUAUUAUUUCCAAAAAAUAUGAAUUUUUUAAUUAAGUAAAUAUGGGAGAUAACUAAUAUGUUGGCUUCAUAUUCUUUUAGGCGGGAAAAGAGGCGCUAAUAUAUAUUUCCGUUUGAUAAAACGUUUAUUCAAUUAA